UGGGAAGCAGACAAGCUGUAAAACAUGAACGGAAGGGUGGAUUAUUUGGUCACCGAGGAAGAGAUAAAUCUUACCCGAGGACCCUCAGGGCUGGGCUUCAACAUCGUCGGUGGGACAGAUCAGCAGUAUGUCUCCAACGACAGUGGCAUCUACGUCAGCCGCAUCAAAGAGAAUGGGGCUGCGGCCCUGGAUGGGCGGCUCCAGGAGGGUGAUAAGAUCCUCUCGGUGAAUGGCCAAGACUUAAAGAACCUGCUGCACCAGGAUGCUGUAGACCUCUUCCGUAACGCCGGCUAUGCCGUGUCCCUGAGGGUGCAGCACAGGUUACAGGUGCAGAAUGGGCCUAUAGGACAUCGAGGUGAAGGGGAGCCAGGUGGUAUUCCCAUAGCUAUGGUGCUGUUGCCAGUGUUUGCCCUCACCAUGGUAGCAGCCUGGGCCUUCAUGAGAUAUCGGCAGCAACUUUGAAAAGCUUGCUUUCUUCCAGUGCUCGCGAUGAAGAUACAUUUCUAUUUCUCUCAUCCUGUUCCCCUGCCAUUCUCCCAACCUUUUCCCUCUCUCUGCAUAGCCAACACGUGACUUAAAGAGACUGCUACCCAACCAGAACCUUGCUGUUCGACAUCUCCCAAGUCCUCGUAUUCUGAUGAGAGAGUAAAGGCAUUGUUUGAAGGAAAGCUAAAGAAAAGACUUGCUUAGAACAAAUGAGGAGUUGUAUAUUUUACUAGGACCACCCACAGAAGUUCAGCUACAACCCAAAGAGGGAAAGGUCCAGUCUUUCCAUCACCACGGUUGAUACCUUUUUCCUUAGUUGGCAUGCCUCAAAGGCCAGCGGUGUGACAAAAGAGAAAAAGAAGAUUUUUCUUUUUAAUGAUCUUCCUUGGGAAGUUUUUGUGGCCUUUAUUUAAUUUCUAACUACAUACUUGGGUGCCUAUAUCAAACAAAGGAUAAUAAGAAGAGCAUUUUUACUUUUUUAAAAAAGGAAAUAUAUGUAUACACACACACACACAUACAUAUGCACAUAUGAUAGUAUCAUAGUGAUGCCUUAUGGAGAAUUAAAGAGGUGGAAAGC